AUGCGAUGCGCGAGCAAGGACGCCGAGAGCGCGUCCGCACGUCUCUGUGUGGAAACCGAAGCAGAUACCGCAGCAACUGAUGUCUCAUCGUUUGCUAACGCUUCUCAGCCUGUAUCACCUGGUGAUCCAGAUGCUCGUCAUGAAGACACUCAUGUCUUCACAGAGUAUGAGCUUGGUGUCUCGUACUCUCCUGAUACGGAUGACGGAUCCGUAUCGAAGGAGAUUGAAUCUAAGCCGCCUGCCAAGCGUGGCAUGGACGAUGCUUUGCGUCGCAGCAUCUUUGGUUCAUCUGAUGAAUCAGAUGAACCAUCGCCGAAGCGAAGGCGCUCGAGGUCGCGAGACUCGGGCGCUAAUAGUGGUGUCGGUUCUCCUAUGGACACCACUUCACAGCGAGGUGCCAGUACUUCUGUCGGCACGUCGCAAGAAGAGCGGGACCGCAACGUGUUGCGUCUCGCUCCCGAAAAGAAGACAUGGAUGCCUCCAAAAUCCGUCAUGGAUCACUUGUCGGCGACGACGAGUGAUCGUUAUCGAACACGGUUGUUCGAUUCGUCAAGGAUCCAUCACCUUGACCCCAGUGCGAAGAACUAUCGCGCUGAAAAUGAGCUCUUCAUCGAUGCUUUCUUCAAACAUCGAUGGUACAGUGGGAAUCACAAACGUGAUGGCCCCCACUGCUUCAAGCGUGGAACGCUUACAUCUAUAACUUUGAGGAUGUAG